AUGGGUUCCGUCGUCAUUCCUCACCUGCAGACCGGCUGGCACGUCGACCAAGCCAUCAUGAGCGAGGAAGAUCGGCUUGUCGUGAUUCGAUUUGGACGUGAUUGGGAUCCCGAAUGCAUGCAGCAGGAUGAGGUGCUAUACAAGAUUGCAGAUCGCGUGAAAAACUUCGCCGUCAUCUAUGUCUGCGAUCUGGAUCAGGUGCCCGACUUCAAACAGAUGUACGAGCUGUACGACACCGUCACGCUCAUGUUCUUCUUCCGCAAUAAGCACAUGAUGUGCGAUUUCGGCACGGGUAACAAUAACAAGCUCAACUGGGUUCUGGAGGAUAAACAGGAGCUCAUUGAUAUCAUUGAGACCAUCUACAAGGGUGCAAAGAAAGGUCGUGGUCUCGUCGUGAGCCCAAAGGACUACUCGACCAGGUACCGAUACUAG